UAUCUAUCUAUCUUAUAGGGAAUUUCAUUGUUUUAUAGUGUUUUAUAUCCUUCAUUAAACAAAAACAUUAAUGAAAGCUUAGAAAAUGUAUCUAAAUUAUGGAACAUUACUGUAUUUUUUGGUGCCUCUGCUGUGAGAAUACUACAUUACACUUUAUUUAUAUUAUUUUUUUUUUACAGUGAAUAAAUCAUCUCACAUGUAGUUGGUUUACAGACCGUCCAGGAUGACAGUUUCAGUGUGAACAUAUCCUAAUUCUAACAAACAUGGUCUCACUGUUUUCUUCUUGUCAUCAUGGUCAUCUGUUUGAUUUUGACACAAAAACAAGAAAAUAUAGCUGAUCUCAUAUGAAAUUAAAGCAAGAAAACGUAUUUUAAUGAUAGAAAAUCACUAUUUUUAUGAUGGUUAUUUUUUUGUAAUUUUACAGUAUUGUUUGGCAUCCCAGCUGCAUGAAUACCACAGUGUUUUACAGUGUAAACUCUAAUCCUCACAGUUUAAAAUUAGUACAUUUUAGCAGAGCUCUGUUGCACAAUUUAAAACUAAUGUCCAUUUAGGAAAUCCAAGUUUCUCGAUGCAAACCAAAAUUAAACAGGUUUAAUCAAAAUGCAGGCACAUUUUUACUUCAAGUAAAAUAUCUGUCUAUCUGUUACUGUAACUUCAGUUUAGUUCACUGGUUCCCAACUUUGGCAUCAAGCCCAAUCAAAGGGUCACAAUGUAAACCUGAGGGGUCAUGAAGUGAUUAAAUGUUUAGGAAUAAAGAAAAAACAAAGUUCUUCUUGUGUCUUUUUAACUUUUUAGGCCUAGAACGCUUAUUUCAAAGCGACAGUGUGUAAAGUCUGGAAAGGGAAAUGAGAAUUUAUCAACAACUGAAACGCAACACGGGGCCUCAAACAGACAGUACAGCGCUUGAGUGAUUUCCCUUAAAUAUAUUAUACUCUAUACCUACACUGCUGAUUUCAAUCCUUUAGUGUGACGACGACUGGUUAUACUAUUUAGUUUCUAAUUUCAGUCAAUUUACCAGAUGUUUUCAAUUUUAACGUACACAUCUGUGACAUGUUUCAUUCUACAUGUCGUACAUUUUCCAGUAUAAAUACCUUCCAAAUGCUGUGGUGGGAUGAAGCUCCAUGAGAAGAUUUUGACCCAUUACCUAUCAUGCACCUCUCCGGUGGAUAAAGAGGGAUAUCUCUACAAAAAGAAAGAGCGAAAUGCCACCUACCAGCGGCGGUGGUUCGUCCUGAAGGCCAACCUGCUUUUCUACCAGGAGCGUCCAGCUGACCGACACCUGCUGGGUGUCAUCGUGCUGGAGGGGUGUGCCGUCCGCCGUGCAGAGGCUGAUGCACAGUUUGCCUUUUCCCUGGUGUUCGGGCCUGGACUCAAAACCUACAGGUUUGCUGCAGGGGAUCGACAGACGCAGGAGAGCUGGGUAAAGGCUUUGCUGUCGGCCAGCCACUGUUACCUCUCCCUGCUGGUCAGAGACCUGGGGAGGCAGUAUGAAGAAGCUAAACAGCAGCAAGGCUCCAGUGAAUCCCGCUCCUCCAGUGCCCUAAAACCGUCCACGUACAGCUUCUUAUUCACUGCACAGGGACUGACAACAACAGCGGUGGUCAGGGAGGGAAGGAGCUUCAGUGCCAGCACUGUUUUACAAGCACCUUCAAUACCAACUAAAGUAGUAGCUAAGAAGUCCCCCAAACUGUGGCCCAGAAGAAAUGCUUACGUCACACCCCUGAAUGGACCGGCACCUUUGUACGGCGAGUGGCCUUUGGUGGGUUUUGACCCGCUUGAGGACUUCAGCAAACUUCAUGAUUAUUACGGCCAGGAGGUGAAGAAAGCCAGAGAGGAGUGGCUGAGAAGUCGGCAAACAGAGGAAGAGCGCAGUGACGAAGAUCUCAUCGACCUGGGGUGAAAAAAAAACGAGUUUAGGGAUUCGUUAAGAGGAACUGAGAUGAAGCGAUUCAUGUGUGUGUGUCAAACAGGAACUGAACCUGAAGUGUUUUGAGUUAUGCUGUAUUUAUAGAGUUUGAGGAGCAGACACCUGUUUAUAUGCUAAAAGUCAAUCUGUUUCUCGUGACCAGCUUGGAUCAUUUCAGAAUUAUUUCAAAGAAAGCUGUGAUUUAGCCAUUUGCCAGAGCAGAGACAGCUCUACACUGUCACUUUCUGAACUUUAAACAGUUUGCAGAUCGGCCUUUUCACUGCUUAUUGGCUUGUUAUAGUAAAAGCACAGGUUAAUAACAUUAGCAUCUGUUCUAUUUAAGUGUCCCAGGAAGCCGAGACAGUCAACAUGCACAACACAGAGAUGCUAAAAAUGGAAUUCAGUCAUCAUUAAUUUCAUAAUUUCAAGGUGCAGUCCACGGCUCUAGAGAAGGAUUGUUGAUAUUUAGCCAGUUAGUAUAUUUAGAUAGUUAGCAUGUGCCAGAUUUACCGUCCCUCUCCCUUCCACGGCCACAACCACGAUGAGAUGUUCACUGAAUCUGACAACAAGUAUUAGAGAAAAAGUGAAAGAGAGAGAAAAAAAUAUCUGCUAACCGAGGAACAUCAAAACAUCUCUAUUAUAUGGACACAUCCAGGCUGGACUGUUUAAAAGAUGCUGUGCUUCUGCCUGACGGAUUAACUGAGCAUGAACUUUAUAUAUAGAUGUACUUUCCUCAGCUCAUGGGCACUCUGUCCUGAAGAGGACACAAGAUGCUAUGAGUGGGCAUCUUUUUUCCAGUCCCCACUGCCACAUCUCAAAAUAAUAAAGCCAUUUAAUUGUGAGGAGUACCUUGGUUUGCAGAUAUUUUUUCCUCCACUGAUUUUUCCCUUGACACCAAAGAGCAUCACGCAAAAUAAAAAUCAGAAUUAAGACUUUCUAUAGAUAGAGCACACCUGCAAUGGUCUAUUGUAUGAGUAGAAUUGCAGACUCUAGCUUUAAAAUCCCAUUCCUUGUUUGUCUUUGUGUUCCUCCUGCUGCUUGGAACCUGCUCGUCUGCUGUUAAUUGCAUUUUCUGAGCAGUUUAUCUUUCACAAGUGGUGCAGUUAACAGUUUCAUCCACAGUAUAAAAAUGCCUUAUGAUGCAGUAUUAAGUAAAGAGUAUUGUAUAUUUUUCAUUGCAUGAAAAAAAAUAAAAUUGAUGUCGAUUUAAA